CCUAAAAUAUUAAUUAAACGAGGUAAAACUAAAAAAAAAAUACUGCUCUUAUAUCUAUAGCUACUAAUUACAUUGUUUUUAUUUAAGAAUUCACAAAACAGAACAAAGAGGUAAGUUUUUGUUGCUGUUUCUUUUGUAAAUUAUUUAUUGUAUAAAUAUGUUACUGCUAACCAAAUGUGAAAUGAAUCACUGUUCUGUCAUGUUGCCAAGUCUUUAAAAUAAACCAGUGUGUCAUUUGAAGUGCAUAGAAGAUGACAAAAGAGUUCAUAUUUGAAAAGGUUUUAGGAUUGUUUAAUAUAGCAUGUUAUUGGUCUAAAUUAAAAAAAUGCGCCUAACAUUAGGUUUUAACUGUAUAUUUGACUUGUUCUAUUUUUUUAGGAAACCCGGGGCAAAUUUCAUGAUAUAUAAAGAAAAUAAUAAGAAAAGCCUAUUAUCAUGCGCUUGCUCAUUAAUCUGCAAAACAAUGGAAAUGACAGGAAAAAAUGACAGACUCCGCGUUUACAUGGAUGAGAUUCUUCACAGUAUUUUCUUCCUUGGUUACAUUCAUAAGCUCAGAUUGGCUCCUGAAAGGUUCUUCGGAAAAGAAACAGUUACAAAGGCAAAGGAAAUGUUUCCUUGGCCAUUUGAGAUGUACAAAAGUCAACUGCCAACUCGCACUCCCUUUUCCAUUCUGCUAGACAUGAUGGAGAUCGUGCAUGAAGAGAACAUAUUAACAGAACUUCAAAAACUGCUGGAGAAACUUAAAUUCCCACCCCAUCUUCACAAACCAGGAAACACAUAUGAGCAAUUUUACUCUCUGGAGUCAACAGUAAUCUGUGUGUGUUAUUUAGAUUCAGAUCCAAAAAGGUACUACGGGGCAUCUCUUUCCUGCAGAACAGGAAAUUCAAAGAGAAUUCUGAUCGACGUGUCUUGUCUUAAAACAUGGCACGAGCUUGUAUCCCAUGCAGUAAUGUCAUUUUAUCCAGAAGGUCCUGGUGAUGGUAUAACAUUUCCUACAUCAGUGAAAUGUCAGGCAUACUUUAGAGACUCAAAUGGUUACAACAAAAGAGGUCCAUGCUUCAAGUGUCACCAGCUGUUUAAUCUAAAAGACCCAGACCCAGGUAAAGGGGAUCAUCCCUAUGGGAACUGUGCUGAGGCAGAGUGCUUGAGCAAACUACUAUUCAAAAAUCCAGGCAUACAAGAAGAAACAGAGAUGGAAAAUCAUACUGGGGAAAACUUACAGAAUCUCAGAUGUUUAACAACAGCACGCUUGAUAGAAGAGCUUCAGAAGGUUCACAUUCAAAUGAAUGAUGAAAACAUUCACAUCUACAGCCCAAUGCAGUGACUUCUGUAAGCCACCUGGAUAAUGAUGUCUACCAAAUGCUGUACAUGGAAAUGAAAGUAAUAUGUACUUUUUUGUAUGAUAUAUAGCCAAACCACCUCAUUUUAGACUGUAGGAGAAAACCCAAGAGAACACAGGGAGAAAAUGUUAAAUACUACAAAGACAGUAACUAAAGAAUACAAUCAUAACCAGGACUCUGGAGCUGAGGCUGCAAUGAUGGGGCACCACAGUGAUACCUUCUUUUCUUAUGGUUUUAUCUUAUUUAUUAUGUUUGUUUGCUUGAUUGCAUUGAAACAUCUACAUAAAUAAAAUAUUGAAAAUCCCCAGAA